AUGUCAAAACUCCUCACUCCUCUCCGACUGGGUCGCGUUACCCUCAACCAUCGUGUAGCCCUUGCUCCAAUGACCCGCACGCGGACAGAUGAUAAACAGACGCCGCUGCCCUCGGUAAAGGAAUACUAUGGGCAACGUGCUUCUGUUCCUGGAACACUUCUCAUAACCGAGGGCACCAUCAUCAGCCCUGAGCAUGGUGGCUAUCCCAACAUUCCGGGAAUCUACACCGAUUCACAAAUCGCGGCUUGGAAAGAAGUGACCGAUGCCGUGCAUGAUAAGGGGUCUUAUAUAUUCUUGCAGAUGGCGGCUCUCGGCCGGUCUGCGAAUCCAGGCUUUUUGGCACAGCAAGGGUAUCAACUAAUGUCGAGCAGUGAUGUCCCCAUGAAGAGCCCGUUUAGCAACGAGAUGCAUUAUCCUGUAGCCUUGACAGAGCAGGGGAUCCGCGACACCAUAUCGGCGUUUGCAAAAGCCGCUCAAAACGCCAUUGCCGCUGGGUUCGACGGUGUAGAAAUCCACGGCGCGAAUGGAUACCUGGUGGAUCAAUUCAUCCAAGACGUCUCCAACACGAGGGUUGAUGACUGGGGCGGCAGCAUUGAGAAGCGAUCCAGAUUUGCCCUCGAAGUAACCCGCGCCGUGGCCAAAGCCGUAGGCAGCGAUCGCACCGCGAUACGCCUCAGUCCAUGGAGCAAAUAUCAGGACAUGGGCAUGUCUGACCCCCUACCACAAUUCGCCUACCUCGCCAAAGAGCUUGGAAAGCUCGAUCUAGCCUACAUCCACGCUUGUGAGUCCGAGACAAGGGAUGGACCCAGCGUGAGCUUCUUACUGCAGGCCUACGGCAAUGCCAGUCCUGUCGUGGUAGCGGGAGGUUACAACACCCGCACGGCAAAACAGGCAGUGGAUGUUGACUACAAGGACCACGAUGUGGUUGUCGCAUUUGGAAAGCCCUUCAUCUCGAAUCCAGAUCUUCCACACAGAGUCGCAAAUGACAUUGCGUUCGAGUCUUCUGACCCUGCGACUCACUACGGCCAGACACCAGAAGGCUAUAUCGAUUACAAGUUUAGCUCGGAAUUUGUGGCAGUAAAAGGUUGA